GCCUCGGCCGCCUUCGCCAAUCGCCGGCGCGUGCCGUGCGCGGCUCCUGAUUGGCCGCGCGGAGCCCCCGGGGCCAUAAAGCCGGGCCGGCCGCGCGGGGCCUUUGUCUGUCCGUGCCGGGGGCCGAGGGCGGCGGCAGCAGCGGAUCAAAGUCCAGCCACCAGACACUUCUGGCAACAUCCCAGGACCCCCAAGCCUCCCAAGGGUGGUCUCGGUGACUGCACAUCAGUCCUGAGGUGCUGAGAUCCCACAAACUGAUCCCAGCAGUGACCACGAUGCCAUCAGCCCAGGAGAGCCCAGAGGGGGGAGAGGAGGACACUUUGCACUAUGAGGAAACAGAAGAUGAUGCUGUCAGCCCCAUGGACCUCUCGGAGCUGCUGAAGGAGGGCACCAAGGAGUCGCACGACCGCGCCGAGAACACCCAGUUUGUCAAGGACUUCCUCAAGGGCCGCAUCCAGAAGGAGCUCUUCAAGCUGGCCACUGUGGCCCUUUACUUCACCUACUCUGCUCUGGAGGAGGAGAUGGAUCACAACAAGGACAACCCCCUCUUUGCUCCUCUGUAUUUCCCCGUGGAGCUCCACCGGAGAGAAGCUUUGGCCAAAGACCUCAAAUAUUUUUAUGGGGAAGACUGGAAAGAAAAGAUCCAGUGUUCAGAGGCAACUCAGCAGUAUGUGGACAGAAUCCAUCAUGUGGGACAACAUGAGCCAGAGCUGCUGGUGGCUCACGCUUACACACGCUACAUGGGGGACCUCUCAGGUGGCCAGGUGCUGAAGAAGGUUGCCCAGAGGGCCCUGAAGUUGCCCAGUACUGAGGAAGGGAUCCAAUUCUACGUGUUUGACAACAUUUCCAAUGCACAGCAGUUCAAGCAGCUUUACAGAGCAAGAAUGAAUGCUCUGGACUUGGACAAGAACACCAAGGAAAGGAUCGUGGAAGAGGCCAACAAAGCCUUCAGAUUUAACAUGCAGGUGUUUGAUGAGCUGGACAAGGUUGGCAGGUCGCUGGCAGAAGCAGCCCAGGAUGGAGGUGUGCCAGUCCACGAUGGCAAGGGAGACAUCCGCAAGUGCCCGUACUAUGCAGACAAACUGGGCACAGCAGGCCCCAGCUGCCCCUUCCACGCUGCUGUGGGCCUGGCCAGGCAGCCCCUGGUGCAGCUGGUGCUGGCAGCCUGCAUGGCCGUGGCAGCAGGAGCUGCAGCCUGGUACAUCCUGUGAGGCUCUGCCUGGGGCAAGGGCAGAGAUGUGCCCUGCCUGCUUUCCAACCCCUCCCUUGCUGCUGGUGAGUUGGCUGCAGAGUGGAGUAAGGAAGUAAACAAACAGGAAUCCUGUGGGACUGUCCAACCUCCUUGCACAGCCCUGUAACACCUCUUUAGCUGAACAUUGCACAGCACUGGUCAGUGCCAGGGGGUGAGGGCUCCACUGCAGCACUGCCCUGCCCAGGCUGGGCUUUUUAAGGCUAGAGAUGUCCUGUCCUUCACAUGCUUGGCUUUUCAUCUCCAUCCCUGAAGCAGUGUCUGGAGGGGGUUUCCUGCCCUGGGUUGCAUCUGCAGAAUGUCAUCAGCCUUUGAAACAAGGAGCACUUGCUUUCCUACCCUGAGGAGCUGAGGCUGUGCCAGGGGGCUGUUAGCCCAGAGCAGUGUCCUGCUGGGUGCAAUGUCUGAGGAACCAAGUCUGACUCCUGUUGGAAGGAGCUCCCUGGGGAUGGGGGCAGGACCAUGGUGGGGAAUGGAGGUGACAGAUCUGUAUUGUGCAACUUUGGGGUUGAGGGUCGGUUGUUGGUUAUUUCUCCUGAAGCCUUGACUGGAAUAAAAAGUUGCAAUGCUGUA